GCUGCAUGUGGGGAAGUGAGGAGAAUGGAAAUCUGCUUCUUUGUGUCACCACGGUCCCUCCGAUCGGCACUCACUGGGUGAGUCACAUAUCAAAAACAACAUCAUUGAGGAACCUCCACCGCUUUCCCAAACCAUGAGCACGCGUGAUUAGCACAAAUCAUUCCCAAUGGCAAACACCAUACGACCCACCGUUUCUUACCUCGAGAAGCUCUUCGGCCUUACCGGGAAGACGGCAGUCGUGACAGGUGGCAGCUCCGGGAUCGGGCGGGCGAUCGCCACCGCGCUGGGCCAAGCCGGUGCCGCCGUCAUCCUCAUCGCCCGGCGCCCCGAGCCACUCAACGAGACAGUAGCCUCCCUCUCCGCCCUCGGCAUCCAAGCCUACUCCCUACCGACAGACCUCUCCGACCGCGCCGCCCUAGACAAGACCGUCUCCACCAUCCUCGCCACCCACGGCGUCCCAGACAUCCUCGUCAACGCCGCGGGCGUCAACCUCCGGCCGCCGAUGGACAGCCUGACCGCCGCCGACUGGGACGCCACGCUGGCGACCAACCUGACGGCGCCGUUCCUGCUGGGGCAGGCGUUCGGCCCGCGCAUGGCGGCGCGCGGGACCGGCGGCGGGCGCAUCAUCAACGUGGCGAGCCAGCAGGCGUUCCGGGCGUACGGCAACAGCGGGGCGUACGGGGCGUCCAAGGCCGGGCUGGUGGGGUUGACGCGGUCGCAGGCCGAGGCGUGGUCCGGGCGGGGGGUGCUGUGCAACGCCGUCGCGCCGGGGGUGGUGCGCACCGAGAUGACGGCGGGGGUGUUUGCGUCGGAGGAGACGGCGGGGAGGCAUGCCGGUAGGACUAUGAUUGGGCGGAAUGGGAGGGUGGAGGACUUUGGCGGGGUGGUGGUGUGUCUGGCGGGGUUGGCUGGGGAGGCGAUCACUGGGCAGACUAUUUUUGUUGAUGGAGGGUACUCGGCUACUUGAGGGGGGAUCCAGCGAUUAUGGAUGUGCAUGCAGCUUACACCCAAGGCAAGAUAAUUACGGUACACGUUUGAAGGUUAGGAAUCUGACGACAUCAAAGCAUUUGAAGGGCUGAUAAUUAAAAGUACUCCGCAUCAG